AUGACCUCCCUAUCCACUCACCCAGUACUCUGGCCCCGAGUAGCUAUAUCCUACCCCCCGGGCCUCAUCGAAGUCUCCAUCGUAAUCAUAUGCCAAAUCCUCGGCUUCUGGAUCCCCUGUGCCCUCUACCUCAGCAUUGAUCUAGCCUUCCCCGCUUUCACCCGCAAGCACAAACUCCAAUCUGCCGGCCGCCAACCAAGCUGGUCUGUCAUAGCUCACUGCUUCCAGCGCGUCCUCAUCGUGAACCUAUUCACCGUCUCCCUGCACCUCGCCUUCGCCUACGCCACACGCUUCCAAUACUCCGUCUUCACCAUCACCCCCACCUACCCCACCCCGCGCGAACUCAUCGCCGAUUUUACCUACGCUCUCCUCCUGCGCGAGCUGGUCUACUACACCACCCACCGCGCCCUGCACCAUCCGAAACUCUACACGCGCUUCCACAAGCAGCACCACAGCUUCACCGCGCCCGUGGCCCUGGCUGCGCAAUAUGCCCACCCGCUCGAGCACGUGCUGGCUAACAUGAUGCCCAUCGUGCUCCCGCUGGCCUUGCGCCGCGUGCAUAUCUUGUCGUUCGCGCUGUUCUUGGUGUCGAUGCUGGCGGAGACAUCGAGCGUGCACAGCGGGUACGACUUUGCCGGCGCGCGUAUGCAUGAUUUGCAUCACGAGAAGUUUCGGGUCAAUUACGGGGCGCUGGGAUUGUUGGAUUGGUUCUUUGGGACGGAUGUGGUGGGCUGGGAUCGGAAGCAGGUGAAAGAGAGUUGA